AUGCUUCCCACGUCACUACAGGCGCGGCUGCCGCUGCCGCCGAUAAAACAGCUCCGCAAGACCGUGAGCCUACAAACCCUCACCUCCAGCAGGCAAUCGCAUACCCGUUCCCUCUCUGGCCUCGACGGCGUCCAUUCCAACACCACCCAGUCCCACAUCAUUUCAGAGACGGAGGAGCACACGAGGCUGGUGGCAACCGAGCACCAUCAGUCAUCGCGGACGUACGAGGUCCGAUCGGCUGCGGACAAGCAAGAGUAUCAACAACAGCAAAGUGAGCACCAGGUGCAGCUGCUACAGGCCCCGCAACAAUCGAAUGUGGAUUGGCGAUGGGUCCAACAAGGUGUGAAUCUGAUCAACGUGGCUCGCGAUGAUACUCGUCGCCCACCUACCAUGGGGCCGGGAGCGGAAUUUGAACGGAAAGCUUUCAUCGACGGCGUUGAGUACAUACUCAAGGCUCUACCAGGAGAUCUGAAUGACAUGGAGAUCGACCGCCUUCGUGCCUCUUUGCCGAAUAAUCUCAGAUCCCCUGCUGGUGACCGGUCGCAUUCACCGUCACGCAGCCCGAGUGGACCGCGAUCAAUUCUCCACCGAGGCGUUCAGACGGCCGUUGUCAACAUCUUCAUCCUCAUUCACCUGGCUUUACCAUACAUUGUCCUUCUCAUCCGCCUGGCCGCCCGUACCGAGAGAGAAUACAAGCUAUCCGAGAGAGUUGUGGGUUCCGGCAUGAGCUUCGCCAAUACCGUUGGCAGCUUCGGCAUGAGAACUACGGGCGCUCUUUACAACGUUGGUGACGGCCGGGUCGGACAAGCACUCACGGAAGCGAUUGCCUGGACCGUGGAGGGGUUCACGGGCGGUCUUUCCGAAGGAGUUGGUGAGGGUCUGAGCAUCGUGGGCGCGAAACGGCAAUGA